UCAUCCCAAACCAUCUCUCUCACAUCAAUUCCUAUUCUUUCUCUUCUGAACACACUACACAGCCACAACCGUCAACAUAUUCAAAUCUAAUAUUUGUUUUUCAAUUCAACAUCUUGAUUUAUUCUCUUUCAGUUCCAGUUUUUCAUUCUGCUUGAGUUAUCUGCAUUUGCCUUCAUAGUUGCUUUUUCACCUGGAAAAAAUGACAAAAGGAAACAGCUUCUCGCUUUUUCUUUCCUGAUUGUAAAGGAUCACUCUUUUCUCAUUUGGGACUUAUGCUCACUUUCAGCACCAACUUGCAGUUGAGUUUCAAUAUUUAUCUCCGCUAUCAUAUUACUGGCGACUCACAUAGUAGGACAAGGUUUUGUUGUAGUUGAAUCAUAUUACUUGCAUUACCAGGCCUCCCUUCUGGAUAUGUAAUGUUUUUCCCAAGAUUCUCUUAGAUUCCAAAGGUUACAAGUUAAACUUUUAUAGUUCUUUAGUUUGUGGUCUCAAGGAAAGUAGAUUCUUGAUUAUACUUGAAAGAUUCUAAAUUCCAUGUCCCUUUAAUCAAAGUUGCAUAAGGCCUUAGUUGUUGUGCAUUUGUUUCUAGUUCCUCAUUUCCAUCUCGUUAGUGUAGGGCAAUUUUGUAACGUUUAAGGUAUGGAAUUCGAGACUAUAUACCCAUCUUGUUUUAUGUCAAAUUCAAAUUGGUUUGUUCAAGAGAGUCACAGCACAGAAUGGACUAGAGAAGAGAAUAAGAAGUUUGAAAGUGCCCUUGCCAUAUAUGAUAAGGAUACCCCAGAUAGAUGGGUGAGGGUAGCUGCCAUGCUCCCUGGGAAAACUGUCUUUGAUGUGAUCAAGCAAUAUAGGGAAUUGGAAGAAGAUGUUAGUGAAAUAGAAGCAGGGAGGGUUCCUGUUCCUGGAUAUCCUACUUCUUCUUUCACUUUGGAGCUGGUUUACAAUCAGAGUUAUGAUGGAUGCAGAAAAAGGCCUAAUACUGUAAGAAGUUCUGAUCAAGAGAGGAAGAAAGGAGUCCCUUGGACAGAAGAGGAACACAGGCGUUUUCUGAUGGGGCUUCUAAAGUAUGGUAAAGGUGACUGGAGAAAUAUCUCUCGAAAUUUUGUGUUCACAAAGACUCCAACCCAAGUGGCAAGCCAUGCUCAAAAGUAUUACAUAAGGCAAAAGCUUUCUGGAGGGAAAGACAAUAAAAGGAGACCUAGUAUACAUGAUAUCACCAUUGUUAAUCUUACAGAAACUAGUCAAACUACCACAUCAGAUCAAGAGAAGCCUCUUUUAUUCAUUGAGUCUCACAAGCCUUCCCAGCAGCAGAAGCUGACUAGCAUGCCAAAAGUACAACUGGAAUGGAUUAAUCACCACAAUGAUGGGUCACUGAUGGUUUUCAACCCAAAUUAUGAUAUGUUCAUGUCAUCGUCAUCUGGCAUCUCUACCAAGACCCUCAAGUUUCAAGGGCAGGAUAUCUAUGAAUGUGCUUUUCAUGAGACUUACGCCAAGCUAAAAUCUCCUGGUUUCAGGACAGCUUCAAGUGAGUUCAAUACGGAGGCUAUUUUUGGCAUUCAUGCACUGUAAUGCAAACUCGGAUCAUGUUAGAAACAACAUACCAGUUCUACUACAUGAUCAUAGCUAUGCAUAAUUACAAGUAGAUGACCUGAGGCUGCUUCUUUUAUGUUACGAACAUAAAUAAUGUUUCAUUCCUUCAAGGCUUCAACUGUUUUGGAAUGAACUUCUUUUAAAGUUUUCCUGUUUACCUCAUAGUCAGACAGUUAACAUGUCUAUUUCGUUGUAGACUCAAUCAGCAUCACAUGAUGCACCAUUCAGGUGUUCAAG